ACCCAUAUUCAGGGAUCCAAAGAGGUUCCCGGAAAUGGCAGAUCCACGCCUGAAGGAUGACUUUCCGGUGAGGAGCUUGAACCAAGCAGUUGGGGUUGCCGCAAUGUGCCUCCAAGAUGAACCAUCGGUUCGACCACUGAUCGGCGAUGUUCUAGCCGCCCUCAGUUUCCUUCAAGUAGCUCCUAAGGAAGAUCCAGUUCCGGCCAGUAUUCCACACGCUCCGUCGGGCCAUGCAAACCAAAACGAGCCGGACGACGACGAAGAAGAAGAAGAAGAAGACGAUGACUACGAAGGAUCCGGUUCGGAAGACGGCAGCAGUUCGGAUUCCGACGGCGAAAAGUAGAACAAUUUAAUUAGAUCAAAUUAAUAUAUAGGAUUCACGAUGGAGAAUAUUUGGAGAACAUACACUGAUAAAUCUUGGUUUGGUAAUGAAAGCAUUCAUUUUUUUCUUUUUUUCUUUUUUUUUUCGUUUUUAUUUUCUUUUUCUUUUUAUGGACAUUAUUAAGUAUAUGGGAUUUCCUAUUUUAGUA